UCUUUUUUUUUUUGCUAGAUACAGUUAAAAGAGAAACUCGUAGGAGUUCGGUUUCCUUUAAUCAGCAUUAAAAGUGAAGGAAAUCGUUAGGUUUGGACGACAAAAUGGACCAUUUGUGGUUAGAAAUUGUCGACUUCUAUAACACAACGUUGGAUAAUGGAGAUCCCAGAGUUAAUGAAUGGCCAAUGAUGCAAAGCCCAUGGCCUACUAUAUCCAUCUGCCUCUUGUAUGUUUACGUAGUAAAAGUGUUGGCUCCUGCCUACAUGAAAGAUCGAGAACCAAUGAAUAUAAGAACAUUCAUGGUAGUCUACAACUUCUUAAUGGUAAUAGUGAGCUUUGUUACAUUUUACAUGCUUGGACGUUACGGUUGGUUUGGAAAGUACAAUUGGAGAUGCCAGCCUGUUGAUUAUUCAGAUAAUGAAGAUGCUGUCAUGAUGGUUCACAUAGCUUGGUGGUAUUAUUUAUCUAAAUACUUGGAAUUUAUAGAUACGUUUUUCUUUGUACUGAGGAGAAAAUUCAGUCAUGUUUCUACUCUUCAUGUUAUCCAUCAUGGUGUGAUGCCUAUGAGUGUGUGGUGGGGAGUCAAAUUCACUCCUGGUGGCCAUAGCACUUUUUUUGCUUUCAUAAAUAGUUUUGUUCACAUUCUCAUGUAUAUCUAUUAUGGAUUGGCUGCAAUGGGACCAAGCAUGUACAAGUACUUAUGGUGGAAGAAAUAUAUGACUACUGUCCAAAUGGUGCAAUUUAUCAUAAUCUUCAUCCACUCCUUCCAAUUAUUAUUCAAUUCCCAAUGCAAUUAUCCACGAGGAUUCAUGUGGUGGAUUGGCUUCCAUGCAGUCAUGUUCUGGUUUCUUUUUAUGGACUUUUACAAAAGUGCUUACCACAAGAAGAGGACCACGUCAAAGAGAUUAUCCGAAAGUAUUGCCAAUGGAGUAAUGCAUGCAAAUGAAAAAACCAAAGAAUGCGAUGGAUCCGUCCAGAACGGAUUUUAUCAAAAUGGCAUUUGUGUUAAUGGAAUUCCAAAAAAGCUUGUAAGUAGAUGUAAUUCUAAUAAGAAAGAAGACUGAAUUCCAAAAUAGAAGCGGGAACAUUUCAAAUUUCUGUUUACUAAAAAUCCACACAUUUAUAAAACAGACCAAGA